GCGGCGCUGCCCCCCGCCCGCCCGCCGGCCCCAUGCAGCCCGCCAUGAUGAUGUUCUCCAGUAAGUACUGGGCGCGGAGGGGCUUCUCGCUGGACUCGGCGCUGCCGGAGGAGCGCCCCGCCGCCGGCAGCCUCACCCUAAACAGGUCGAGUUCUGGGAAAAAUGAGGAAAAGAGAGGGAAUAAGGGAAAUGGGAAAAGUGAAUCUGUUUCUGAAGGUGGAAAGACAGCUGUGGUGUUUUCCCUGAAGAAUGAAGUUGGUGGAUUGGUGAAAGCUCUCCGACUCUUCCAGGAAAAACAUGUGAGUAUGGUUCAUAUUGAAUCACGAAAAUCAAAGAGAAGGAGUUCUGAGGUGGAAAUUUUUGUGGACUGUGACUGCAGUAAGAAAGAAUUUAAUGAACUAAUCCAGUUGCUCAAGUUUCAAACUAAUAUCGUAACUCUCAAUCCACCAGAAAACAUCUGGACUGACGAAGAAGAUCUUGAAUGUGUCCCUUGGUUCCCCAGGAAGAUAUCUGAACUGGACAAAUGCUCCCAGAGAGUUUUGAUGUAUGGAUCUGAGCUGGAUGCAGAUCACCCUGGAUUUAAAGACAAUGUCUAUCGACAGAGAAGAAAGUACUUUGUGGAUCUUGCCAUGAGCUAUAAAUAUGGUCAACCCAUUCCUAGAGUGGAGUACACAGCUGAAGAAGUUAAAACGUGGGGGGUGGUAUUUAGGGAACUCAGUAAACUCUAUCCCACCCAUGCCUGUCGUGAAUACUUAAAAAACUUUCCUCUGCUGACCAAGUACUGUGGAUACAGAGAGGAUAAUGUGCCUCAGUUGGAAGAUGUUUCUAUUUUUCUUAAAGAAAGGUCUGGCUUCACAGUGAGACCUGUUGCUGGAUACCUGUCUCCCCGUGAUUUUUUAGCUGGCUUAGCAUAUAGAGUUUUUCACUGUACUCAGUACAUACGACAUGGCUCAGAUCCUCUCUACACACCGGAACCGGAUACGUGCCAUGAACUCUUGGGCCAUGUGCCUCUGCUUGCUGAUCCCAAGUUUGCACAGUUUUCACAAGAGAUAGGGCUUGCUUCACUGGGAGCAUCCGAUGAAGAUGUUCAGAAAUUAGCCACAUGCUAUUUUUUUACGAUUGAAUUUGGCCUUUGCAAGCAAGAGGGACAACUACGUGCUUAUGGGGCAGGACUUCUGUCUUCUAUUGGAGAAUUAAAGCAUGCUCUCUCUGACAAGGCCAAUGUGAAAGCAUUCGAUCCAAAGACAACCUGUUUGCAAGAAUGCCUUAUCACUACUUUCCAGGAGGCUUACUUUGUUUCAGAAAGUUUUGAAGAAGCCAAAGAAAAGAUGAGGGACUUUGCCAAAUCAAUCAAUCGUCCCUUCUCCGUGUAUUUCAAUCCAUAUACGCAAAGCAUUGAGAUUCUGAAGGAUACCAGGAGUAUAGAAAAUGUUGUCCAGGACCUGCGCAGUGAUCUGAAUACUGUAUGUGAUGCUUUAAGCAAAAUGAACAGAUAUUUAGGGAUUUGAUAUGUCUGGCACUGUGAUUUGCUGUCAGUUGCUCUUUCUGUAGCCAGUUAUGUCACAUGAGAUGGCUGACUUCUCUAACCCAUCAGUUUUCCCUCUACAGCUUGGCCUGUGUCUUGCCUCGUUGUGUACCUCCGUCUAGAUGUAAUGUGCAGACAAACCAAGGCAAUGCUAAUUUGUAAAUGCAACAUGGAAUGUGGCAGAAUAUAAUCAUCAAUUCCUCAAAUCAGUGCCAUGUACAAGUAUACCAUUAAAAAUUUAUCUGGCAAUGGUUUUGUUUCCGUAAGAUGAUUCACUUCAGUGUUUAAGAAAUGAUGUUGCUGAUUUUAGUAAGUCUGAGUUUAUUUCUUUAUGAUGCCUUUCCUUCCAUAAGAAUCCAGAAGAAAUUAUUUGUGACACUUUCAUUUUCUUUGUAAGAGAAUCUGUAUUUCUUUCUAUAGUGGUAAAGACACAGUUUUGUCUGUAUAUCUGUAACAGAACUAAGUGUCUCUUGUGACUGAACAAUACAAUUUGUAUACCAGUGCUGAGAUCAGGAAGGCUGUGUAUUGGUACUAAAAGGUCUCAGAGAUUACACCUUAUGAGAAUUCUCAACUGACAAAAGUUCAAUGUGUCUGAGUAAUUGCAACACAAUAAAAAAGAAAUCUCUGACAAUUCACGUAGAAAGAUAGUUCUGAUUCACACUCGCUACCUGUGACAGUCCUGAGCGUGCUUCCUCUGUGAGUGCUAUCUGGGAAUAAGAUAAUUCCACUAGCCCUUCUACAUCACUGUGUGCCUUGUGCAUUCCCUUGUGUUUUGAACAUACUCCUCUUGCAUUUCAUGUAUAAUUCGCUUUUCCUCUUUAUUCCCCAUUCAACCUUGACUUUUUCAUGCGUGACUGGGUCUAUGCUGUGUUAGUAUCAGAACAUAUAAAAUGGUGAAUAUGGAAGUUGUUAUUUAAUUAUAGCCCAAAUGAUUUUCAGUUAGUAGAAUACUUAUGGAGUGAUUAAAUCAUGGAGACGCCCAAGCUGCCUUGCUUGUAUCGGACGGAUGCAGGUAAUACCUGAGUUAAUAAACUCUAAGUUGUCAAGCUCUGACAGAUGUACAAGCUCUGUCUGGGGAGCACAGUGCAAAAAUAUUUGAGACAGCUCUUAUCUGGAAGCAAUAAUUAUGCAUGUCUUUCCUUUGUCUGGGUUAUUCUAUUCUCCUAUUAGCCAAGAUAAUGGAGAAUUGACUGUACUGUAUGGACCCCUCUUAUUGGAAACCAUAUGGCUUAUGCGGAUUAUGUCAGUAUGGGUGAAAGUGUCAUAGCUUGUCUGCAUAUAUGGAAAAUAGAUAUCUAUUGAAGCUGCUCUCCCAGAUGAAAGAGUCAUGCAGAGACUCUUCAGUGUUGCUAGCAAUUUCAGCAUAAAAAGAGCACCACUUGAUAGUGCCAGCAUAUCCUUAAAUAAGAGGCAAUCUCUAAGGAUAAUUUUCACAGAGAAAUCUUCCACCUCCUCAAAGAUAACUAAGAGAUAACAGAAAAGGCGCUUUUCUCUGGAUGGUCCCUGCUGCAUUCUAAUGCUGCUGUUAAUAGGGUGUAAAAAAACCCUAGUUUUAGAUUUAACUGUGACUGCCAUUGGUACAAAUGAAGAACUGUUGAAUUAUCCCGUGGGGAUCAGCAUACCAAAGGAGUUUUUAACCUCCCAACGUUAGUGCUGACUGUUUGCUAGCACUUACCACAGAGGAAUUGCUGGCAACCUUAGCAGGAGAGUUUCUGCCUCCUUCUUCACAUAAAAUCUGAUGAAUCCCUUGUAGCCCUUUCUGGAGAAAAUGGACUGUACUGAGAUUUGC